CAACAUAUGUGACAUGCAUGCUGCACUGUGGCAGCAUCUAGAAAUAUUCCGGCCACAUGGACGUUUCGUUAUCAGGUGGCCAUUCUGCGUGAGCGAUCUUUCAGCAGAAUAGCAGUCGUGCAGAAGGAAGUACUUGUAAGUAGCUGGGACGGCCGGGCAGCUGACCGAGGCACUGUGUGCACAGAGUGCUCUCACACUGAUAAGUCUCAGAAUAACGACUGCCCCUUAACUCAGCUACUCUCUUCGACUAACACUUCUACUGACCAUUCACCGAAACCCAGAAUGUCGAAGCUCACCUCUCCUGGUACGUACACUCCGACGAUUCUGCAGGGCAAGCUUGCCCUCAUAACCGGUGCAACCGGUGGUAUCGGCCAAGCGACCACCCGUCUCCUCGCCUCCCGCGGCGUGUCCAUCGCAGUCCACUAUUUCUCUUCCCAAGCCAAAGCCGAUGCCCUUGUCUCCGAGAUCCUCGCUAAUAACCCUUCCAUCAAGGCCGCCGCAUUUCAAGCAGAUCUCGGCGACUAUGAUGCUGUGCGGAGGAUGCACAAGCAAAUCGUGGAGACGCUUGGGAGUCCAGACAUCUUGUACUGCAAUGCUGCAGCAACUGGGACGAUAGUUGGGAUCAAGGGAAAGAUUCAGGAUGUGACGGUGGAAGAGUUCGAGAAGGUGUGGAGGUCGAAUACCGCCUCCGCUUUCUUGUUAUCGCAAUUAUGCCUCCCCUUCAUGGUAGAACAAGCCUGGGGGCGUGUUAUAUUUUGCUCUAGCAUCGCUGCGGCGACGGGUGGUGUUAUCGGCCCGCAUUAUGCCUCGUCGAAGUCCGCCCUUCAUGGAAUCAUGCACUGGAUCGCCAACCAAUACUGCAGAACUGGUGUGACAUGCAAUGCUGUAGCACCUGCGCUCAUCACAAACACUGAGAUGUUCAAAGCACCUACGACUGCGCAUCUGGAUUUGAUCCCGAUGGGCCGCUUUGGCCAACCUGAAGAGAUAGCAGCCGUUGUCGAAUUGCUCGUCACCAAUUCUUACAUGACGAACAAGGUA